GUCAUCACAACAAGUCAUCUUUCAUAAAGAAAAAGGAAGCGCAUUAGAGAAAACACCUGUAUUAUACUUCUUUCAUGGUAUCAUGGAGGGAGGAGAUAAUGAUGGUAAUCAACUCCACCACCACAGCCACAGCCACCAGCUUUAUCAACUUCACCACCACCCGCACCGCCCUGAUUUUCCAUUCCAAUUGCUGGAGAAGAAAGAAAAAGAUAACAGCCAGCAUUGUUCCUCCCUUACUUUCCCUUCCAUGGCAACUUCCUCUUCCUCCGCCGAUCAACCAAACACAAGCGGUUCCAUUUCGACCCUCCAAAUCUCGCCGGAACCUCCCAAGAAACCGCCUCCCAAACGUACUUCGACCAAGGACCGACACACCAAGGUCGAGGGACGCGGUCGUAGGAUCCGCAUGCCGGCUCUUUGUGCCGCUAGGGUUUUCCAACUCACCCGUGAACUAGGCCAUAAAUCCGACGGUGAAACCAUCGAGUGGCUACUCCAACAAGCUGAACCGGCUGUGAUCGCCGCCACGGGUACCGGCACUAUCCCAGCAAAUUUCACCUCCCUCAAUGUCUCCCUCCGUAGCUCCGGCUCCAGCAUGUCGGUUCCUUCUCAGUUUCGAUCCUCGGGUGUAAACUCCAAUUUCUCUAUGCAACAACGCCGGAGCUUUUUCCCCGGAAUCGGGCUCGAAACGACGCCGACAUUCCUCAACUUCCAAACUAGUACGACCGGAAGUAGUAACUUGAACUUCAUGUUCCCGACCAAGCAAGAGUUGCGUGACAACGAUGGUACAGCUUCAAUGGAAAAUAUAUCAGACACUGAAGGUGUUCUAGGAAGGAAAAGAAGAGCGGAGCAAGAUUUAUCUUCACAACAUCAAAUGGGAAGUUGCUUGUUGCAGUCCAGCACGGCGGCAAGUCAGACUCAGAUUCCGGCGAAUUUUUGGAUGGUUACUAAUCCUAAUAAUCAGAUCAUGAGCGGUGAUCCUAUAUGGACGUUUCCAACGGUUAAUAACAGUGGUUUGUAUAGGGGAACUAUAUCUAGUGGGUUGCAUAAUUUCAUCAACUUUCCAACGCCAAUGGCCUUAUUGUCAGGUCAACAAUUGGGUUCAGGCGGCACUGUAAGUGGUGGUGGUGGCGGCAUAAAUGAAGGGCAUUUGAAUAUGUUAGCAGGAUUGAAUCCUUAUCGGCAAGUUCCGGGCACCGGCAUAUCGGAGUCACAAGCUAGCGGGUCACAUUCACACCACGGCGUAGUUGAUGGCGGCGAUGAUCGACAUGAUACAACUAGUCAUCUCUCCUAGAGAUAAUCAUCAUCACCAUGCAUCAUCCCUUUGCUUCUUUUGCUUAGUUGUGUAAUUUGAUGUGCAACACACGUGAGGUUUGAUUGCUC